CAUUUCCACUAUUAAUUCCUACCACAAAUUCGUAUUCACACAAAUUCUAUUCCGAAACUCCAUAAGUAUACAGCUCUGCAUUACUGCACAGCUGUUUUAUAUAAAAUCCAAAUUUUCUACAAACAAUAGUGAAUAUUAUGGGGAAUUGUGCAGAGAGUUCAACGAUGUGCAGAAAAAGCAGGAUAAGUAGAAUGGUGCAUGUGAUGUCGAACUCCUAGAACCUUCUUCAUUACACAAAUAAAGUACAAUUAUAUACUCCGAAUUAAUUAAAACUAACAGCAUAUUUAAAUAACUUCAAUGAGUACAACAAUUAACCCGAACAAACUCACGUGCACCUCAUAAAUAAUUCUAAUUCGAAAGAGAAGAACCAAUUAAUUGUAAAAAGUAGAAAAGAGAGAAACUUAAGAACACAGAGUGUCAAUUAAAAACUUUCGUACUAUUCCAACUAAAAGACAUAAGCCACAUAAAAGUGAAGAUUUAAUACACUUGACAAUGGGUUCGUCGAGGCCGCCAGACCGUUCGCUUGGCAGUGGAAUAUCCUUUCCGCAGUGGAUGAGAGGAAAAGUUGAUAGUCGAUUCGAUUUUGACCAGAGCACCUUCAGUCCUCCCUCUCACGACGACAGUUUUUUCUGCAUCAGAUACCCAAAAUCUGCUAGUUCUACACAACAACAGGAGGGUUUUCGGCCGUUCAAUGAAGUUCUCAAUGAGUCGAAACCUGUGAAUGAUAGCAGUAGUCAAUAUGAUCAAUCAUUAGUAUCGAGUGGUGCCAGUAAAAUAUCGAACAUCAAAGAGAUUGAUUUUAGCAAGCACCCACUGCCGUGUCAGCCGUACGUCCCAGCCGGAAAUAAAGAGCGCACCGGAAACGGCCAUCAGUUUCCUCAGAAAUCCCCUCAAACAAAGUCUCAAGGGACAGACGAUGGAUUUCACGGUGAGCCAGCGUUGUGUGGCAAGUCGAUCGUCAACGUGGCCACUCGUAUGAUGUUGGGAACACUUAAUAAAAAAUCAGAGAGUCAAAUGGACUCCAAAAUGGAAAAAAAUGAAGUGAUGAUUCGUAAAGGCAGCCAAUCAUUGCCAGUGACACCAAUAUCAUCGCCAACGUCCACUCCAGAGGGAUCACCUAAAGGCCGUAGACGAGGCCACAGCAAUCGCUAUUUCACGGGAUCGUUCAUACCGGAUCGUGAAAAAUAUCAGGGUGGAUGGUUAUUGGGUAGUAUACUGAGUCAAUCGAGGGAAACAAUUGGGAAUAAAAUUGAUGAGGAGGAUGAAGUUGCUGAGGUGGUACCGCCUAAGACGUUAAACAGAAAAAAAUCCAUUUCCUCACAGAAUCUAUCGUACUUGGGUAAAGAGGAGAUAACUCCCAAGGCUAGUAUAAUGCAAGCCACUGUUACGUUCCAAGCUAAACCCUCGGAACUGCGGGAAAUGAAUUUUUGGUCUCCAACGUCAAUGUAAUUUUUUUAUUUUUAAAUUAAUUUCUUCACUUACUUUUUUCUUCUUCGACUGUGAACCGGAAUCUGUCAAUUUUUAAUACCACAUUGAAUUUUUUUUAUUUUUACUAAAGUCAGCCCCAAUCAAUUGACAAAUUGCACGCUUGCGAUGCUUUUUGACUAAUUCACAAUGUUUCUUUCUUUAUUAUUAUCGUGGAUGUAAUUGCUAAAAUUUAUUUUUCUCGAUUUAAUUUAGUCGAUAGUAAAAUGAUGGGCGAUGGCACCUGAUGUAUGUAUAGAGAGGCAACGAAUUCUCUGGUUUGAAAGGACUAUCAAGCUAGUCUGAAGAGACUCAGUCAUGGGUACAACAGUAUGAGAGUAAUUAUGAAUGAUUAUUUUGAUCGAUUUUACAGCCGGAAAAUGUUUUAUGUGAUUUUUUUGAGGUAUUGUUCACAUUUGAAAAUCUAAAUAAAAAAAACUAACAACUA